GGAGAGCUGGCUGGUUAUGUAACAGGUAAUGUUUUGGUGUUGAUGUGGGACACGAGGCAAAUACCAGUCUCCUCCCGUUCUUCAACCAGGAAUGAUGUUCUCCGAAACCCGACCGCGUAAGAAAAUAUUGUGGUAAUUUGCAGAGGCAAAGCAUGGAUAACAUCCGUUUUCAGACGUGAGUGCGUCAAUAAAUUGUGAAUCAAGCAAUUUUUUUUAAGUAUUUUUUUUUUAUUUUCAUUUUUGUUAGCUUAUGAAACGAUAGCGAAAAAUUAUACUCCUUAGUAAUUCAAAAUGAGGUUUUACAAACCACUACUUCGGCAGAAAACACUUGAGCAAGUUAAUGGAGAAGAAUCAGAAUUAGGAAGGGUACUGACAACCCUAGACCUUACUGCUCUGGGAGUUGGCUGUACCCUUGGGGUAGGAGUAUAUGUGCUACCUGGUAUUGUAGCAAAGGAAUUAGCUGGACCAGGUGUUGUGAUAUCGUUUUUCAUAGCAGCAGUUGCUUCUAUUUUUGCUGGGCUCUGUUUUGCUGAAUUUGGAGCUAGGGUGCCAAAAGCUGGAUCUGCAUACAUUUAUAGUUAUGUUACUGUUGGCGAAUUUGUCGCUUUUGUCAUAGGAUGGAACUUAAUUAUGGAGUACAUAAUUGGGACUGCAAGUGUUGCCCGUGGUUUGAGCGUGUAUAUUGAUACUCUCAUUGGAAACCCAAUGGAAUCAUUUUAUAGAAACAUUUAUGAGCUCAAUGAAACUGAUAUAAUGUCAGAAUAUUUUGACAUUUUUGCUUUUGUGAUAUCAUUUCUAGUAACAUUAAGUUUAGCAUUUAGACAGAAAGAAUCUGUGUUACUGAAUAAUCUGCUGACAUUUUUGAAUAUUUCAGUGGUAUUAUUUGUUGUUAUUUUAGGAUCAAUGAAAAUUGACUUUAAAAAUUGGAAUUUGGAACAAGAGAAAGUACCUCCUUGGGCUGGAAACGGAGGAUUUUUGCCAUUUGGUAUCAGUGGAGCAAUAAAAGGAGCAGCCACUUGCUUUUAUGGAUAUGUUGGUUUUGAUGUUAUAUCCACUUCAGGAGAAGAAGUUGAGAAUCCUCAGAAAUCUAUACCCAUUUCAAUUAUUGCAUCUUUGGUUAUAGUAUUUUUGGCUUAUUUUGGACUCUCCUCUGUGCUAACACUUAUAUGGCCUUAUUAUCUGCAGGAUGUUGACGCUCCUAUUCCCUAUGUUCUUGCUGAAAUAGGCUUUCGUUGGGCGGCCUGGAUUGUUGCUGUAGGAGGAAUUUUUGGUCUGCUUGCCAGCCUCUAUUCUGGGAUGUUUCCACUUCCGAGGAUCAUCUAUUCCAUGGCAAAUGAUGGACUGUUAUUCAAGUGGCUUGGCAAAGUUAAUUCAAAAUAUCACACUCCAGUAGUUGGGACAGUAGUUUCUGGUAUUGUAACAGGAAUUAUGGCAUCAAUGUUUAAAUUGAAGCAGCUAGUUGACCUUGUCUCUCUUGGAACUUUGCUGGCAUAUACUUUGGUUGCUGUGUGUAUUUUAGUUCUGAGGUAUAGAGAAGAAAUAGAACAACCGAGACUUGUAACUCAUGAUUAUGUUGAACAUGCACAUUUGAUAUCAAAGAAAAUAAGGGUAACCUGUGAUGGAAUAGUAAAGCAAUAUUUCAAUACUAGAAAAUUUUCUACUCCAUCAGGAACUACUUCAGCAGUAGUUGUAUUCAAUGUAAUAGUAUAUAGUUUACUUUGCGUUAUUCUGUCAUUAGUGUUAGUUCAAUACGAGGAAAACUUAAUAAACACAGACCCAUGUACAUUAUCAGUUUGUGGGAUUUUAGUUUUCUUCAUGUCUAUCAAUUUAUUUUCUACUUUUCUUCAACCAUCAGAUGCAAGAAAUCUACAUUUCAAAGUACCAUUGGUUCCAAUCUUACCAGCCCUGAGUAUAUUUAUAAAUAUUUAUCUAAUGAUAUCGCUUGCCAUGAUCACUUGGAUUCAAUUUGGAAUAUGGCUCCUGAUAGGCCUGGCCAUUUACUUCAGUUAUGGAAUAAACCACAGUACUCAAAGAUGGGCAACUGACCGUGUUGAAUAUGAAAUCAUUAGAUCAGAUGAUGAAGCACAUUCUAAUGGAGUUAGUUAUUAAAAUAGCGAUAUCUAAAACCACUUUAAUUUUUUUUCCUAAUUACCAGUUACCAUUGGUAGUUAUCCACAAAAUAAUGGACUGAAUAAAAAUAUUACCAUGUUGUUAUAUUGCAUAAAUAUUUGAUAGAAAAUGCUUUUUAAAUACUUUUUAUUAGUUAUAAGAACUAAUUGUUGUAUAUAGAAAGGAAUCAAUAUAUUAAGUAAAUAUUGUACUCAAUUUAAGACAUAAACUUGACUUUUUUUAUUGUGUAAAUUAGAAACUCCAUUUUAAUAUUUAAAAUUAACAUUCCAAGUGCCUUUCCAUAUGAAGGUACUUAAAAUAAACUGAUUGGUAAUGCUAGUCAUUUAAAAAUUAUAUUUUAAAUACAACUAACAACUUAGCCAUCAAUUGGAUCUCUAAUAUUUUCUUACCUGCAGGCCUAAGAAACUGAAGUUCUUAGCUCAAUAUGAUUUGAGCACUGCAGGAACAGGACAUAUCUCUUGGCCAAUGAAAUUAAAUUAAAAAAAAAAAAAUAUUUAUAAUUCACAUCAAGGUGCCAUUCCUGUAAGACUGUUAUCAAUAUAAUAACACUUUAUCUAUAUUUGUCCAUUUAUUUAUCCUGCUGUUGUUUUUAGUGCAGAUAUAAAUAAUUUAGUCCAUGGUACAGACCCAUUUUUUUUCAAAUUAUUAAUAUCUGCAUGAAACUUCGUAAAUAGUUUCAUUUCAUCAUAACCAACUAUUUUAUUUAUGAAAACUCUCGGAAUCUAGGGGCGUUUACAAUCUGAAUAUAUGCAAAAU